AUCCAUGAAUAAAGGAAAUUAUCUACAGAAAAGCAAGCAGAAGAAAGCAGACACUGGCCAAAAGACAUCUUCGAAACUGUCAAUAACCCUGGAUGACAUAAAAAAAGUGAAACUGCGCAAGCCAGAGGAACGAUCCAACAGCUUGAAUUCAGGCUCAAAGGCACAGGUUGAGACUAGUGGAAGCGGCCCCCUGGUGACCCUCCAGCAGCUGAGGAAGGUGACCUUACGCAGCUCUUCCUCUAACCUCCUCAGGCAGAAAAAUCCCGGGGAGGAAGACAAGGAAAACUCAGUUGAUCAGGAAAAAUUGGCUAAGCAGGCUUCAGCAAAGAGACAACAUUUAAAGAAAACCCAAAUGAAAAGGAGCCCAGGAGGAACACCAAUCACAGGCAAGAAGAGGAAGAGAGAGAGUGGUCAGGGCUUGACCAAUAUCAUGUCCAAAGCCUUGAGGAGAAAAUUUGAGCUGACAAGGACUCCGUCUGUGGAAGAGAAAACCUCUGGGGGUUCACACAGUCCAGCAUCUCCACAAUUCCCAAACAACUCUCCACAAAUGGGUAACAGCUCUCCACAGGAAACUGGCAAGUCUCCACUAUCUUCUAGCAACACUGAUGUGGAAACAACAACUGCUAAGGACUUGACUGAGACCAUUUUACCCCCGGAAAAUGAAGUUGUGGAGGAUAAUAACAAUGGAAAUGAGCACAGAUCCAAAGUGAAUAAGCUAGAAGAUUCAACUGUAUGCAGAAGAAUGUCAAAUAAUGCAGGUCAUGAGGAUACAGAAGAGCUCCAGCCUGACUUACCUGCCCAGGAAGAUUGUACGGCCAAAGUGGACAAAUGCCUUGAGAACAGCAAUAACAAUUCUAAAGAUACAGCAGAUGGAGGCGAGGGAGACUCUGGUAUUGUGGAGUGAGGACUCAGAGACAAGACUAUCAUUAGACAUUUGACUGAUGUCUUGGCGAGACACUUGGCUGGUGUCAUUGGUCAGACACUUGCCUGGUGUCAUUGAUGAGACGCUUGACUGAAUGUCAUUGGAGAGACACUUGCCCGGUGUCAUUGCUGAGACACUUGCCUGGUGUCAUUAGUUAGACACUUGGCUUGUGUCAUUGAUGAGAUGCUUGACUGAAUGUCAUUAGAGAGACACUUGCCUGGUGUCAUUGUUGAGACACUUGGCUGAUGUCAUUGCUGAGACACUUGGCUGAUGUCAUCGGUGAAAUACUUGACUGGUGUCAUUAGUGAGACACUUGCCUGGUGUCAUUGAUGAGACACUUGCCUGGUGUCAUUGAUGAGAUGCUUAACUGAUGUCAUUAGUGAGACACUUGCCUGGUGUCAUUGGUGAGACACUUGGCUGGUGUCAUUAGUUAGACACUUGGCUUGUGUCAUUGAUGGGACGCUUGCUUGGUG